AGACAGCCAAGAGGUCACCGCGUCGUGCGCUUCCGCUCCCCAGUGUCCCUGGGAAGAGGAGAUGGUUUCCUAUCCAGGAAGGCUGGGGAACGGUUCCUGUCCUGGAAUAUCUAACAGCCAACUGAGAACGUAGCCACUCGGGACCACUCAAAGCACUCCAGGCUGUCACAGGCAAAAACGUUCUAUGACAAGCGCAAAAAGGUGAAAGAGCAACGAUCCUCCGCGCAUGUGCGUUCUCCCCAAGCUGAAAAUGGUACAGGGGCUCUUUAGCAAGUUCCACCUUCUAGCCGAUGACGCAUGCGCAGCCUGCGUGCCCGUGCACGUCCCCCUUCUCUGGAGGACUUUGUGGGGCGCAGGGGCGGCUGGGAAGAUGGCGGCCCGGGUACCUUGUUGGAACUGGGGUUGGGCGGCUGUCUCUUUCGGCCCCCACCGAGGCCUCAGCGCCUUACUUGCACGGAAGCCCGGACGGGCGCCACGGUGGCUCCCAGCUUGCAGACAAAAGACAUCACUCUCUUUCCUUAAUCGACCAGAUCUUCCAAACCUGGCUUAUAAGAAGCUAAAAGGCAAAAGUCCAGGAGUUAUCUUCAUCCCUGGCUAUCUUUCUAAUAUGAAUGGUACAAAAGCACUGGCAAUUGAGGAGUUUUGCAAAUCUCUAGGUCACGCCUGUAUAAGGUUUGAUUACUCAGGAGUUGGAAAUUCGGAUGGUAUCUUAGAAGAAUGUACAGUGGGGAAGUGGAGAAAAGAUGUUCUUUCUGUAAUUGAUGAGUUAGCUGAUGGACCACAGAUACUAGUUGGAUCUAGCCUGGGUGGAUGGCUUAUGCUUCAUGCUGCCAUUGCACGGCCAGAAAAGGUCGUUGCUCUUAUUGGUGUAGGUACAUCAGCAGAUGGUCUAGUGACACAGUUUAAUCAGCUUCCUGUUGAGGCAAAAAAGGAAGUAGAGAUGAAAGGCCAGUGGGUAAUGCCAUCAAAAUAUAGUGAAGAAGGAGUUUAUCACAUUCAGUACAGUUUUAUUAAAGAAGCGGAACGCCACUGCUUGUUACAUAGCCCUAUUCCUGUGACCUGCCCUGUAAGAUUACUCCAUGGCAUGAAGGAUGACAUUGUACCUUGGCACACAUCCAUGCAGGUCGCUGACCUAGUAGUCAGCACAGAUGUAGAUGUUAUCCUCCGAAAAGGUAGUGAUCACCGAAUGAAGGAAAAAGCAGACAUUCAACUUAUUGUUUAUACUAUUGAUGACUUAAUUGAUAAGCUUGCAACUUCAGCUUGAAUUAUAUUGUGACAUAAAGAUAUACUUUAUUGUGUAGUUGGUUAGAAUCACAUUUUUAGUUGGUAUGUAAACUGAUGUAUUCAGAAGAUUGGAAGAAAGAUAGCAACUGAAAGGUGCUGGUAACUUUAGAAAGUUUUUUCCCUCUUACCUCUAUUUUGUAAUAUCACAUGAGCAUUUAUUUAAUGAUGUAUUUGCACACAAAUGGUACAAAUUGUGAAGAAAGUACCAGCUGCUGUUUCAAAAUUUCUCCUUCAAUGCUUGAUUCUUUUUUCAUUAUGUUUCCAAUUUUUUAAAUCAAGAUACUUACCUUUCUUAUGCUUAUGCUAAUUGUACCAACUCUUAAUUGUGUCCUCUUCUGCUUAGAAUUGUUUGAUAAACUUUGAAUUCUUCAGAGUUUUGUUGUUGUUUGGUACCACUAUAUAUGGAAAUUUGUAAAAUUAUUAUGUCUGAUUUUAAAAUGAAUUUCACAAAAUGUAGCAGAAGUUUAUUUAAAUAAAUUUGAAUGAUUAGAGAAAUGUC